AUGCGAAAAAUUUAUCUUAUUAUAUAUGAAUUAACUUGUAGUGAUUCAUUACAGAAUCACCCGAAUGCGACCGAUGCUAUUAGAGUAUUAAUUGCGCAAAACAAUAUGCUGCUUGAUAACAAUAUAGCUUUACAUCAACAAGUCGAGUCUGAUCAUCAACUUCAAGAAACUCUGUCAAAUUUAUCACAAUCAAAUAGUACACUAACAGCUGAACUUCAUAAAGUUAAAAAAGAAGUUUUUAUUUGA